AUGUGUUCAAAAUUAGCUGCUAAACAAUUUAUUAAACAACUUGAGUCAGAAGGCAAACAAAAUACAGAAUAUUGCGAAAAACGAAGUGGUAAUAUAAUUAAUAUUUCAAGCGUUCAUGAAGAAUCAGUUGCUACUGGACAAGGUGCAUAUGCUAUAUCAAAAAGUGAUCUGAAUAAUUUGACACGAGCUAUGACAUUAGAAUUAGUUGAAUAUGGUAUUCAUGUUAAUGAUGUAUCAUCUGGUGUGAUUUUCACACCUAUGAAUCAAGAAUCAGUUGAUGAUUUAAAAAAGUGUACAGAAAAUGAAGAACAAAUUCCAUUGAAACAAGCUGGAAUAUCAGAAGAUAUAGUUAAUAUGAUUGUAUUCUUAUGUUCAGAUGGUGAAAAGUUAUUGUACAGAUGCCACAUUUCAUGUAGAUGGUGGAUAGAUGUUAACAGGUCCGGAUAUUUAAUAAUUUAUAUUAUUAUUGAUAAAAUUGAAAGUAUACUUUUUAUUCAAGAGUUCAGUUAA